AUGGCAGAGGACAGCCCAUCCCAGGGGCAGCAGUUCCCGCCCCAGAUCAGCCCACGGGGGUGGCUAACAGGGCUGCGGUCUGUGCCCCCACAGUCCCACCCGCCCACGCUGUUCCAGCUGGACAGCGGAGAGCACAGCAGUGCUGAGCUGACAGCGGCAGCUCACUCCCUGCAAGCUCCCCUGAGCAGCACCAAGCUUGUCGCUGAGCUGGCAUCUCCAUAUGACAGCCAGUCCUGCAAGCUGCUUCUCAGAGCGGGCGCGCUGGCCGCGCUGCUGCUGCAGCUCAAGCUGGAGCUGCCGUUCGACCGCGUGGUCACCAUCGGCACCGCGCUCGUCCCCAUCCUGCUGGUCACCCUGGUCUUCACCAAGAACUUCGCAGAGGAGCCCAUUUACUGUUACACCCCGCACAACUUCACCCGCGACCAGGCCCUGUAUGCCCGUGGCUACUGCUGGACGGAGCUGCGGGAUGCGCUGCCCGGCNGGCCCGCCAGCCUGUGGCCAUCGCUGUUCGAGCACAAGUUCCUGCCCUACGCGCUGCUGGCCUUCGCCGCUAUCAUGUACGUGCCGGCCCUGGGCUGGGAGUUCCUGGCCUCCACCCGCCUCACCUCCGAGCUCAACUUCCUGCUGCAGGAGAUCGACAACUGUUACCACCGGGCGGCCGAAGGCCGGGCCCCGAAGAUCGAGAAGCAGAUCCAGUCCAAGGGGCCCGGCAUCACGGAGCGGGAGAAGCGGGAGAUCAUCGAGAACGCCGAGAAGGAGAAGAGCCCCGAGCAGAACCUGUUUGAGAAGUACCUGGAGCGCCGGGGCCGCAGCAACUUCCUGGCCAAGCUGUACCUGGCGCGGCACGUGCUCAUCCUGCUGCUGAGCGUGGUGCCCAUCUCCUACCUGUGCACCUACUACGCCACCCAGAAGCAGAACGAGUUCACGUGUGCGCUGGGCGCGGCCCCUGACGGGCCAGCCGGGGGGGGCCUGGCCGUGCGCGUGAGCUGCAAGCUGCCAGCCGUGCAGCUGCAGCGCAUCAUCGCGGGCGUGGACAUCGUGCUGCUGUGCUUCAUGAACCUCAUCAUCCUCGUCAACCUCAUCCACCUCUUCAUCUUCCGCAAGAGCAACUUCAUCUUCGACAAGCUGCACAAGGUGGGCAUCAAGACACGCCGGCAGUGGCGCCGCUCCCAGUUCUGCGACAUCAACAUCCUGGCCAUGUUCUGCAACGAGAACCGCGACCACAUCAAGUCGCUCAACCGCCUGGACUUCAUCACCAACGAGAGCGACCUCAUGUACGACAACGUGGUGCGGCAGCUGCUGGCCGAGCUGGCCCAGUCCAACCACGACGCCACGCCUACCGUUCGCGACUCGGGCAUCCAGACCGUGGACCCCAGCGCCAACCCCGCUGAGCCCGAUGGCUCUGCCGAGCCACCCGUGGUGAAGCGGCCGCGCAAGAAGAUGAAGUGGAUCCCCAGCAGCAACCCGCUGCCCCAGCCCUUCAAGGAGCCACUGGCCAUCAUGCGUGUGGAGAACAGCAAGGCCGAGAAGCCCAAGCCAGUGCGCAGGAAGACGGCCACCGACACGCUCAUCGCACCCCUGCUGGACGCUGGCGCCCGGGCUGCUCACCACUACAAGGGCACAGGGAGCGACGCGGGUCCCGCACCCGACAAGAAGCACACCCGCCACUUCUCGCUGGACGUGCACCCCUACAUCCUGGGCACCAAGAAGGCCAAGCCCGAGGCGGUGCCCAGUGCCCUGCCUGCCUCCCGGAGCCAGGAGGGAGGCUUCCUGUCCCAGGCCGAGGAGUGUGGGCGGGGCCUGGCCGCAGCACCCACCAAAGAUGCUCCGCUCCCUGAGAAGGAAACCUCGUACCCAGCAGAGCCGGCCCGAGCCGGGCUGCCCUCUGGGGGCCCAUUUCAUGUCUGCUCACCCCCUGCACCCUCCUCUGCGGCCCCUCUGUCACCAGCCAGCCUGAGCAAGCCUGACCCGAUAGCUGUCCUGAGCCGGAACGCCACCCACCCUCUGCUGCACAUCAGCACACUGUAUGAGGCCCGGGAGGAGGAGGAGGGGGCCUGUGUGCCCCCGGACAUGGGCGACCUCAUCGCCAUCCCCCCCCCUCAGCAGAUCCUCAUCGCCACCUUUGAUGAGCCCAGGACGGUUGUGAGUACCGUGGAGUUCUGAGGGUCAGGGACGCUCAGGCUGCAGAGGCCUGCACGAGUGUGGUGUGGCUGGCCAGCGGCCUCCUGGCUGACCCCCGGCCCGCGUGGACAGGGUCUCUGCUUUGCCCACACCGUCCAUAUCCCCCCAGCCUCCUGCUGCACGCCGCGGGGCUCAGCACUCCCCUCCGGCCUGCAGGGGAGCCCCCUGACAACGGCCCCACUCGCACCAGCCCGGACAAGUGCCCCGCUGUGGGAUCUGGGCCGCAGACGAAGAGUUUAUUUUUCUAGCGGAUUCUGUUGGGCCGGUCGGGCAGAGAGGACUUGGAGGCUGCACAGGCCGUGCAGCGCCACGCCAUGGGGCGUGUGCUCAGGGCUCUCCCCUCAGGGGCGGAGGCCCACCCGGGUCGGAGGUCACCAUGCACUUUCUCUCUCAGCCUGACACCCCUUUAUUUUAUUAUGAUCGCUGAGCCUGAGUGCGUGCCACCCGCGGGAGACAGGGUGAGUCUGAAGCAAAGGGCAGUGUGUGUGAGUGGGCGUGCACAGGUGGGGUGAGCGUGUGGUGCAUGUGGCAGAGGGUGGGGUGCGAGUGAGCAGGUGUGUGUGCGUGUGGCAGCGUGGGUGCAGGCGCACAGGCGAGCACAUGUGCCCGUGAACGUUGCAGCGUGGAGCUGUGACCACGAGCAUGCGACCGCGAGCAGGAGGGAGUCCAACGCAAUAACCACGUCGCCCCCGGUGCGCAGCCGUGGGCCCAGGCCGUGGGCUCUGCAGGAGCCAGGCCCGGGCUGGCGCCCCAAUUACCUCAGCCACGCGGCACCGAGACGCAGCAUUAACAAGGUAGCACUGAGCAUUCAAUAAAUAUUAUUCUGAUA